AUGAGCAGAGAUCAGAGACGCACACCACAGCCACUGCUGGACUCUAAACUCUCUGAAGAGAAAUCCAGACACACACAGGACUCAGAGCUCAACGUACCUGUGCUAUCUGGGUGUUACAGUAAUCAGAGCUUACAGGAGGAUCAAGAGUCUCUGGAUUCUGUCUGUAACGCUGGAGAAGAGCAGCAGAUCCUGAAGAUGUGUUCAGUUAAACUCAUCGACUGCACGAACCCCAUGAUGAAGAUUAAAACUGAACCUACAGAAGAGGAAGAACACACUGAGAAAGAUGAUGAUUUUAUUCCAUCAGAUGUGAAGAGUGAUUCAUGUUGUGAUGGAGAAUUAACAUCCUCAACAUCAAAAGAGCGACUGACAGCACAAACUCUUUCCUGCAUCACCUGUGGAAAGACAUUCAGCUCACAGAGACAUUUAGAGAGACAUGAGAGAAAACACACAGAACAGAAACUCUUCACCAGAUCUGAGAUCAGCUUUACUACCUUACAAGAGAAGAAACUUCAUUCAGAAGAGCACAGAGAGAAGAAGAAGCCGUUUCACUGUGGGAAGAUGUGUGGCUCUUCUAAUCUAAAUGUUCACAUGAGGACACACAGUGGUGAAAAACCUUUCUGCUGCACUGAAUGUGGAAAAUACUUCAAAACAAAUCAAAUUCUUCAAGUUCAUCAGAAAAUUCACACAGGUGAAAAACCUUUAAAUGCUCUCAUUGUGAGAAGACAUUUUCUCAGUCAGGUCACUUAAAAGUGCAUCAGAAAGUUCAUAAUGGCGAGAAACCUUAUCACUGUAGUGUCUGUGGGAAGAGUUUUAGUCAACAGGCUACCUUACUAAAUCACGAGAGAAUUCAUACAGGUGAUAAACCUUUCAAAUGCUCGCAGUGUGACAAGACAUUUACUUAUUCGUGUAACUUAAAAGUCCACGAGAGAGUUCAUACUGGAGAGAAACCUUAUAACUGUAGUCUCUGUGGGAAGAGAUUUAGUCAAUGGCAUACAUUACUAAAUCACAAGAGAAUUCACACAGGCGAAAAACCUUUCAAAUGCUCUCAGUGUGACAAGAUGUUUACUUAUUCAUGUAACUUACAAGCCCAUCAGAGAGUUCAUACUGGAGAGAAACCUUAUCAGUGUGGUGUCUGUGAGAAGAGUUUUAGUCAACAGGCUACCUUACUAAAUCACAAAAGAAUUCAUACAGAUGUAAAACCUUUCAAAUGCUCGCAGUGUGACAAGACUUUUUCUCAUUCGCGUUACUUACAAACCCAUCAGAGAGUUCAUACUGGAGAGAAACAUUACGUCUGCAGUCAAUGUGGAAAGAGCUUCACUAAUUCAUCUCAAUUCAGAGUUCAUGAGAGAGUUCACACUGGAGAGAAACCUCAUCACUGUAGUGUCUGUGGGAAGAGUUUUAUUCAACGGUCAAACUUACUAAAGCACCAGAAACUUCAUACAGCUUGAUAAACCUUUCAAAUGCUUUCGGUGUGACAAGUCGGGUCACUUCAAAGCCCAUCAGAGACUUCAUACAGAAGAGAAACUUUAGGAGGCUGUUUACACUUGGUAUUAAGAUGUGUGGGUUUUUUUUGGCAAUCGGAUCACAAAUGGACGAGAGAGACAAAUUCUGUUUACACCUGGUAUUAAAUCCAUCUCUGUUGUCCACUUUCGACCACUUCUGUCAUUAUUACUGAGAGGGGGUGGUCUGUAGAGACUGUGGGCGAGUCUUUCUGCUGUUGUUUAAAUGCGAGCGGAAGUAAUGACGAGUGUAUAUGGACCCGAACCAAUAUUAUCUGAAACCAAUGGCCACUGCUUGUGUUGUAAGUAAACAUGCUGCACAGUGUUUUGUUCACAUGGGUUAAAGUGAAAAAAUUCUUCUGACUGAAUUUUUUUAGGCAAAGUCUUCCUUCAACUAACACUUUUUGUAAGUAGAUGUUUUUUGCCAUUAAUAGAGACAGCACGCAGUGCGUCAUACUAGUUGCUAAACUGAUCUUUUGAACAAAUGCCUCGUCAAAAAUAACAAAUGUUUUGGUUUCCUAGGUAAUCUAUGUGUUUGUUUUGCUUGUUAUAUAAAUAAACUACGUUUAAAUACUUUGUUGUUAUUUAUUAUAGCGGAGGAGUUUACCGGAAGUUACGUGCGGACCGCGACAGCCGCUUGCUUAUGUUGUUACUGCUGAAACCGUCUAUAUAGGGUUGCCAACUGUCACUAUGAAAUACAGGAUAAAUAGUGGGCAUACCGCAGCAGUGCGAGUAUAGGUUUGUGUGAAUA